GAAAGGUCUAAUGCAAUGCUGAGGCGAUUUUCAGCCUGGAAUGAUUAGAAAUAGGAAAAAAAAUAAACAGAGACUAGAGACAAAAGACAAAACCAAAACCAACAACUCCAACAAGAAAAAACUAAAUUGGUGUGAUAUUCAGUAAUUAAUAAUUAUUAUUCAAAAUGGAUUUAUCAAAAGUUCCCAAUGAGAAAAAACUACACCUAAGCAAAUGGUAUUUUAGAGCUGGAUUCGCCCUUUUACCAUUUGUGUGGGCUGUAAAUGCAAUAUGGUUUUUCAAUGAGGCUUUCCGAAAACCAGAAUAUAAUGAACAAAAACAAAUAAGAAAGUAUGUGAUAUACUCUGGUAUGGGAGCCCUGUUGUGGUUAAUACUCAUUGUAACCUGGAUUACAGUGUUCCAAAUAAACAGAGCCAGUUGGGGAGAAUUUGCUGACAAAAUAUCAUUUAUUAUUCCUCUAGGAACACCAUAAUGGCUUUUCGUUCAAUACAUUAUAUCAUACUAAUCUAUUGUUUCAAUUUCAUUUUAGAAAAUAUACCUAAUACCUAUAA